UUCAGUUGUCGUUGGAGCAACGAAAAUAUCGGAAUAUCUCCAUGUUCUUACGCGAUAAGCGGGCAAUCUAUUAAAUACGAAAGGUGAAAGUUUUGAACUCGGUUUUCGUUUUUCAAGGGGGAAGAAGAAGAAUAAAAAGCGGCGGAAGUUCAAUCACCGAAUUUGAGAGGAAAGUUGUGGUAAUGGUAUUGCCAUGGCGUAAUGGAUGGAGAAAACCGGAUUAUACUGAAUGUCGGAGGUAUACGAUUCGAGACUUAUAAAGCCACUCUUAAGAAAAUUCCCGCAACGAGAUUGUCCCGCUUGACAGAAGCUUUAGCCAAUUACGAUCCAAUUUUGAACGAGUACUUCUUUGAUAGACAUCCGGGAGUUUUCGCACAGAUUCUGAAUUACUACAGGACCGGUAAAUUGCAUUAUCCAACCAAUGUUUGUGGGCCUCUUUUCGAAGAAGAAUUAGAAUUUUGGGGAUUGGAUUCCAACCAGGUUGAACCUUGUUGUUGGAGUACCUACAGUAUACAUAGAGAUACACAGGCAACCUUGGCAAUAUUGGAUAAAUUGGAUAUUGAUACGGAAAAACCAUCCGACGAAGAUAUAGCACGUAGAUUUGGGUAUGAAGAGGCCUACCUGACAGGAACUCUCACAAGAUGGCAGAGAUUCAAACCCAAAAUAUGGUCGCUGUUUGACGAACCCUACUCUUCAAGUUAUGCUAAGGUUAUUUCAGGGAUUUCCGUAUUCUUCAUAUGUGUAUCGGUAGUGUCGUUCUGUUUAAAGACACACCCUGGUUUAAGGGUAAGAUGCCAGUCAAUAGACUUUACAAAUACAACGCAAAAGUGUACAGAACCGCUACCACUUUUCUUCGCAGUUGAACAUCUAUGUAACGCCUGGUUUACUCUCGAAUUGACAGUAAGAUUUUUGGUUUCUCCUAACACAUUGGAAUUUAUGAAGUCUCCGGUGAAUAUAAUCGAUUUUGUUGCAACGCUGAGUUUCUACGUGGAUAUCGGAGUGAACAUAGAAGAAAAGCCAGAUCUGCUCGAAUUCUUCAGCAUAAUUCGAAUACUGCGCCUUUUCAAGCUAACAAGACACUCGCCAGGUCUAAAAAUUCUAGUACAUACCUUCAAAGCAUCAGCCAAAGAGCUGACACUUUUGGUAUUCUUUCUCGUCUUGGGAAUCGUCAUCUUUGCUUGUCUCGUUUAUUACGCGGAGAAGUCACAGGAUAACCCCAACAAUAGUUUCAAAAGUAUUCCAGAAGGGCUGUGGUGGGCUAUAGUGACUAUGACAACAGUCGGUUACGGAGACAUGGCCCCUAAAACUUAUGCGGGAAUGUUCGUAGGAGCGCUUUGUGCUCUUGCGGGAGUCUUGACAAUCGCCCUACCCGUUCCAGUAAUUGUUUCCAACUUUUCCAUGUUCUAUUCACAUACUCAGGCUCGUUCAAAACUCCCUAAAAAACGGCGAAGGGUUCUUCCCGUAGAACAGCCCCGAAGGAAAAAGGUAGAGGUCUUAACUAACAGAAGAAUGAACGCAAUCAAGCAAGCUGCUGGAGCUGCCUCGAAAAUGAGUCCCUUGAACAAUGUUAAUGUAAUUGGAUUAGCUUUACAUGGACCAUCUAUUCCGAGCAUCGCGGUCCUGCACCACAAUGGGCCGUACAAUCUACAAACCACGCCAGGUACCUACAUAUAUAAGCACAUUAGUACAUAA